AUGUACAUCACCCUCUACUACAUAGUCACCCGGCUCCCUGACUCCCUUCGCUUAGUUUCGGACCACUUCCUCUCAGUUUGCCCCACCACACUCACCGUUGACCUUCUCGAGGAGUGCCUCCUAGCAGCAGAGAAGAGCAUAGUCGCUGUAGGAGCCUCUCGUGGUGACCCUCGCACCCCCGUCUUUGAGGGUCGGUCGGCGCUGCGUCUUCCCCUAGCGGGAGACGCCGCACCGGCAAGGGCAAGGGGGGCAAGGGCGCUGGAGGGGCUGGCGGGGGCGGUGGAGGUGGUGGUGGAGGCAGUGGAGGGGGUGGGGGUGGUGGUGGGAGUGGUGGCGGGUGUGGAGGUGUCGGUGGCAGCAGUGGAGGCGGAGGAGGCGGCGGAGGUGGCGGAGGCGGCGGAGGUGGCGGAGGCAGCGGAGGUGGCGGAGGCGGCGGCGGCAGCGGUGGAGCUGGUCGCGGCUCUGCGCAGAGGAGUGGGUCCGGUGCGCGGUGGGGUUACUGGUCCCUGUACCUAUGUCCUCCGUAUCGGCGACCGCGUUGGUGAGCAGUGCGGGGGCUCGCACUCCACCCAGCGCUGCUUCGGCCGCCUGACGGACGCUUGGCGAAACCAGCUCCCUGACGCCAAUGAGAUCCCUCGCUUGGGAGAGCUGUCUAGGGCCGGGGCUGCUAUCUUUGAUCUUGAUUAUGAUGCUAUUCUUGCUACCAUGUAUGCUGUGUCUGAUAGUGUUGAGGGUGACUGUUACCUGUGUGUUCCGCCUGACCCGGGCAUUGAGGCUGCUGCUCUAGGUGCUGGUGAGGCUGCUGCUCUAGGUGCUAGUGCGUCUGCUGUUCCAGGUGCUGGUGAGUCUGCUCUCUCAGGUACUACGUCGGCUCCGGCCUUACACACCUUCACCCUUGACUCGGGUGCUUCCCGCUCCUUCUUUCGAGACCGCACCACGCUUACGCUGCUUAGUUGGCCGGUUGCAGUCUCCCUGGCGGACCCCUCUGGGGGUCCUGUCCUUGCUAGCUUCUCCACUGUCUUACCGUGCCCGGCAGCCCCCUCUGGCACCCUGUCAGGUCUCUACCUCCCCUCGUUCUCUACGAACUUGGUGUGUUCCAGGUAG